GUUGACGCUUUCCCAAGAUAAACUUUUCGGAUCCGCCCCUGCUUGAGUUUAAAACUGAAUAUGAGAGAUCGAAGAGGCGAGAUGUUGUUUGCUCUGUCUUUCUCGUUGCAAGCUUCAUCAAGCGUGGAGGCUGAGCUCCUGGCAGUGGUGAUAGCUACGAUUUGGUCGAUGAAUGCUUUCAAGUGGAGUGGAAAUGGACUCCUCGAUUGCUUGAGCUACAUUAAAGAUGGUGGUUUUGGUAGAUGGUCUAAUGCGAUUAAGGAAAUGACACUCCUCUCAAAUAGGAAAGGGGUUUUGUUCAGACAGGUGUGGCGAGAGAGUAAUUGGACAGCCCGCUACUUAGCAGCUCAUAAACCGGCCCAUCUUACACCUUUCUUUGAUAUGUAUCAACUACGUGGGCCGGUCCACAAGGCUUAUUACAUGGAUCUUUUUGGAAUCCCUUCUGUUAGAUUCAAUUUUUAGUUUUUCUGUUUUUAUUGGUUACUAUCUUUGUAUUAUAUAAGUUGGGUGAGGUCUAGCCCCCUAAUUUUUAUAUACUUUUCUAUUUC